UCGCCCCGGCUCCUCUCUGUGAGCGGCCGCCCGGGCCCGGCCAUGGCGGACUUCGACGAGAUCUACGAGGAGGAGGAGGACGAGGAGCGGGCGCUGGAGGAGCAGCUCCUCAAGUAUUCCCCCGACCCGGUGGUGGUGCGCGGCUCCGGCCAUGUCACCGUGUUUGGACUAAGCAACAAAUUUGAAGCAGAAUUUCCUUCGUCUUUAACUGGAAAGGUUGCACCUGAAGAAUUUAAAGCCAGCAUCAGUAGAGUUAACAGUUGUCUUAAGAAGAACCUUCCAGUUAAUGUACGAUGGCUACUAUGUGGAUGCCUUUGCUGCUGCUGCACUUUAGGUUGUAGUAUGUGGCCAGUUAUCUGCCUCAGUAAAAGAACACGAAGAUCGAUUGAGAAGUUAUUAGAAUGGGAAAACAAUAGGUUAUACCACAAGCUGUGCUUGCAUUGGAGACUAAGCAAAAGGAAAUGUGAAACGAAUAACAUGAUGGAAUAUGUCAUCCUUAUAGAAUUUUUACCAAAGACACCGAUUUUUCGACCAGAUUAGCAUUUGAUUUAUUUAUAGAGACUUAUUCAAGUAUGUUGUCUUUCCAAUGGUGCCUUGCUUGGUGCUCUCCUGGUGGUGACAUAGCAUUGGUUCUACAGAAUCUUGUGGUGUUUUCAUUUUUUUGUUUGUUUGGGGUUUUUUUUGUUUUAUUUUGUUGUUUGUUUGUUUUUUAAAUAAGAGCAUGUUCUAAGUGCAGUUGGUCAAAAUCCACAAAGUAAUUUCACGCAGAUGUUAACUACUACUUAAGUUAUUGUUACUUUUAUUACUUCUGUUUAUUAAUGUAUCUUGAUUUUCAAAGAGUCUUUUAUAUGUGUGCGCGCGCGCGUGUGUGUACAUAUAUAUAUUACUAUAAAUACACAGCUGAAAAUGGUAUACAAGUGAGCAGGUAUUUUUUUAUCCCAAAAUGACACAACUGAUUGACUGUACAUUGUGUAAGUCCUUUUAAUCAUUCAUUUACAUGCCGAAGUAAGAUCUUCCUAAAUUUUUGUCAGUGACUAGUCAAUUGUAACUAUUUUUAUUUCGUUUUUGGAUAUUGGCUAACCUCUUCCAACAAAAGAAGGAGAUAAAGUUCUUUCUGAAACUGCUUUUUGGAACCCAAAUGUCAUUGCAUUAGUAGCAAUCUCUGUGCUUUUCAUGAAGAAGUCCUGUCAGCUGGUUCUGAAAAAGUUCUAAUUUAAAGGUUAAAAAAAAUAAAAGCAGCAAAAUAUAAUUAUUUUACUAAGACUAGAAGAAUU